AUUUUCAGUAAACCUGAUGGCGAAUAUGAACAUUAAAGGGAGUAAACGUAAAGGCAAAGAAAACAAAAAAUCGCUUGAAGACCUUAAGUUAAAGGACGUUAUGUUUGAAUUCGUUCCACAUGUUAUUCAGGAUCAGACUUCUCCUGAAUCAGUCCAUGAUCCCAUUACUUCUACUCCUGCAUUACUGCAAGUUCAAGAUCUGAAUGAUCUGCCAAUGCACUACUGUCCAUACUGCUUUUUCAAGUGCAUAAAUGAAAGAAAACAACGUGGUCAUGUAUAUCACUUCCAUCCGAUGCAAAAAUAUAAAUGCCAUGUUUGCUACCAGCAAUUUUCGUGUUAUAGCUCAUUAACAUCACAUUCAUCAAGAAAACAUAAAAUUAAUCUUACUAAUUUACCAUUUACAAACAUGCGUGUUCCGAUCUCGCAUGAAGCUAUCACUAUUAACGCUGAAAAUCAAAUUAUGGAAGUGGAAAGUUUAGUUUUACAACAGUCUUAUGAAAAGCUCUUUUGUGACUUAAAGCUGAAAUUUACUUCCAGGAAAUUUGUUCCUGAAACUACUUUCAAUGAAAAUUUAUCGGACUAUGCAUGGUAAAAGAUUUCAAUGAGAUUAUGGGUCCAUCUAUUAUAACAUGCUCAGUUAAAUCAAAGUAUGAAUCUUUGUUAAAUAAUGAAUUUUCUUAUGUAAUUCCUGUAAAAGUUUUUCUCUCGAGUUCAAAAAAACACUAUAUUUAUGUACCAAUCGAAGAAAAUCUCAAGAAAUAUUUGUCUUCAGCUAAUAUGAUUGAACAGUUAGAAUUAUCUGCAACAAAGAAUGCCAAUUCAAUAAGAAACCCUCCAAAAAUCGACGGUGGUUUUGUACAUGGAAAGUUACUUCAGCAGAAUAAUUUUUUUGCUAACUAUCCAGAAAGUAUAGGAAUCAUAUUAUAUUCAGAUAUUUUGGAUCUAAUUUAAACUCUUUGCGGCAACACACUUAAAAAAAACACAAAACAUUUUGUCUUUAUUUUUCAAUUAUAAAUUUGCAAAAACAGUAUAGAAGUCAGUUAAAGCAUCACAAUCUUGUUCUGUUAUCUUCAGCAACCCACAUCACAGAAUUUGGCCUUCUUGCUAUUCUUAAAGUAUUCAUAAAUGACUUAAAUGAUUUACAAUCAAAUGGUGUAGUAAUCCAGGAUAAAUAUUAUCCUGUAUGUUUUGUUAGCUUUCUUGGAGAUAAUUUAGGGUCUCAUCUCAUUAGUAGUUUUACACGUGGUUUUAACUCUUCUAGACCAUGUCGUUACUGUAUGAUAACUAAACCCAGAUUGAAAACAUUAUAUGCAUCAAAAGAUUUCAUUUUACGAACUGUCAGUAAUCAUAAUGCUAUUGUACAAAAGGUUCAGGAUGAUGCUUCUUUGAGUACUGUUUAUGGUGUUGUCAGUUGUUCACCACUUAAUUAUCUCAAGAAUUUUCACCCUGUUCUAUCUCUUCCUCCUGAUAUUAUGCAUGAUCUACUUGAAGGAUGUUGCCCAAAGGAGAUGAAGUUGAUAUUAAAAUAUGCGGUUGAAAGCAAGUUCAUAACUUGGAAACAGAUCAAUACUUUGAUUAAUACAUUUCAAUUCAAAUAGUUUUGCACCAUCAUUUGACAUAGAGCACCUACCAAAGUUCAAGGAAAUAUGUGAAAGACAUUUGGUAUCAGUGAUGGAAAAAUUCCCAAUAGUUCUGUAUCACCAAAACAACAUUACACAAUGCAUUACCCUCAUCUCCUUGAGCAGCACGGAACCCUCAGUGCGGCUUCUUGUUUGCGUUUUGAAGCAGUCCAUCAGGUGCACAAAAAGUUUGCAUCAAACUCUAAGAACUUUAAAAAUAUCCAAUACACAAUGGCAUGCUAAUUUUAGAAAAGGGCUGCGUAUGAUAAAACAAGAAAUGAUUUUGUCGAUGUAGAAAUUAUUCUUAAAGGAACUAAGGAAACUGAUGUGUCUUCUCUUCCAUGUCUUGUCAAGCAAGCCUUUAACACAAACUGGCCUGAACUUAGUAAAGCAAUUUCUGCCAAGUCUGUAAAUUAUAAUUCUA